UCGAUUUUGAUUUUUGAGUUUUGACUUGUUUUUAACUUUUGUUUACACAUUAAUUUCAGUCAAAAAGUCCUGACGAAUACUUUACUUGUAGCGUGCAUGUACAGUAGUAUUAAUACGUAUUAUUUACAAUAUGCAACUACAGGGAUUUGUCUUGCUUUGAAGAUACAGAGUAGUUGAUCGGUACGGUUUUGAUACGUAUUUGAAGUGGCCCUACCAUUCUGACGGAGAAGUCCGCUGGCUGACAGUUGCUACCAUGUCGCAUCCUCAAGCGCGACCCGAAGAUCACCGUCGCAGAUGGGAUUCCGACGAGAUCGAGAGGCGGAUGCGGGAACGCGAUGAAGAAGCCCGACAACAGGAGCUCGAAGAUGAAAAGCCUCGCAAGAAAGCGAAGAAGGAGCUUCUGCGCGCUCGCGAAGAACGCGUCGAUCUCGAAUCUCGUGUGGGCAAAUCCGUUAUCAUCACUUCCACUACUCCCCUCAAUCAGGCUGGAGGAUUUUAUUGCGAAGUGUGCGAUUGUGUAAUUAAGGACUCCAUCAACUAUCUGGACCAUAUUAACGGAAAAAAGCAUCAGAAAAAUAUGGGCUUCAGCAUGAAAACCGAGCGCUCAACAGUGGAUCAAGUGAAGGCCCGCUUUGCCCGUAACAAAGAAAAGAUGGAAGAAAAGAAACAAGAGUAUGAUUUUGAAGAGAAAAUGAAAGAACUGCGUGAGGAAGAAGAAAAAUACCGAGAAUACAAGCGGGAAAAAAAGCAGGAAAAGAAAAGGAAAGCCGAAAUUCAGGAUUCCGGAGAGGAUGGGGACGGGAUGGAUCCCGAUAUGGCGGCUAUGAUGGGCUUUUCGGGAUUUGGGACAUCGAAAAAAUGAUAAAUAUUGUUUGCUAAAUAUUUCGGAACGGGUUACUGAUUAUACGACUAUUCUGUUGAUUUUGUUAGAAAUACAUCAAAUGGAGCGAAAAAUGCAUUGUAUCAUUUUUACCGCUUCUGAAUUCCAGUAAUGCAUCCACUUCGAAAUCAUGAUAUAUUUGUGCAAUUUUUAAAAUGGCAUAAACGAUAAAAGUAUAAUAAUACGGGA